AUGUUAUUAUCUUUACUAAUUAAGAGGCUGUCUGUACCUAUAAAUUGGAAUGUUUUCAAAGUAUCUAUAUAUCUGACGUCGCGAAAUCUUUCUGGAUCGUCGUCUUCUUGGGGGAGCUAUAGCAGCAAUGGCAGUAAGAGUAGUGGUGGUGGUGGUGGUGGCAGCAGUACUGCGGCUAAUACCUUGUCUGGUACUUCCGUGCCCCCAGCAUCGUCAACUUCAGCUUCGUUGAAUUAUGACACAGCAUUGACUUCAUUUACAAAUUACUCCGUGGCAGUUGCUUACCAACCAAAAGACCGCAAAAAGGCAAGCACAAAUCUUUUCAAAAAAAAACCGCUAAACAACAGUGCCGCUGUGAACUCCCCCAUCGGUGAAGAUAAUUUGUUUGUGUCCAAGGAAUUGCGCGAUGGAUCAAUUGCCGUUGGUGUAGCCGAUGGGGUGGGAGGAUGGUCAGAAGCUGGUUACGAUUCUUCAGCAAUUUCUAGAGAGCUUUGUGCUAGCAUUAAGAAAGCUUUUGAGAAACAACAAAGCAGUGCUCGUGCAAGCAGUCCCAAGGAGUUACUUGAUUUUGCAUUCAAAGAGGUUCUCAAGUCCGAUAAAGUGGAAAUCGGCGGAACAACGGCUUGUUUGGGAGUGUUCACACCAGAUUCCAAAAUAUUGAGAGUUGCCAAUCUAGGCGACUCCUGGUGUGGCUUGUUUAGAGAUAACAAGUUGAUUGAGAAUACCAAAUUCCAAACUCACAAUUUCAACACACCGUUUCAGUUGGCCAAAAUCCCCGAAACAAUUGUAAGACAAGCAGCAAUGGAAGGCAGACGAUAUAUAAUAGAUACCCCUCAAAUGGCCGAUGAAUAUAUAUGGAACUGCCAAAAAGACGAUAUAGUAAUAUUUGCCACCGAUGGUGUUACCGAUAAUAUAGUACCUCAAGAUAUUGAGAUUUUUUUGAAUGAUCACUUGAAAGAUAACAAGAACGUGCAACUAGACGCUGUGGCAAACACUUUGGUCGAUGAAGUAGUCAAGGUUAGCAAAGAUCCUAAUUACCCAAGUGCAUUUGCUCAAGAGUUAUCAAAAAUUACUGGUCAAAGAUACCUUGGAGGUAAAGAAGAUGAUGUUUCUCUAGUAUUGAUAAGGGUUUUAUAG